CUGGGCAGCAUUCGUUGAGUCUCAGGGGGGCGGGGUGGACUACGAAGAUAGGGAACUAGAUUGAGGUCGAUGCUGAUGUAAAUUAUUAAUACGAACAGACACAGGAGUAUACUUAUACAGACAAAAACAAAGAGUUGUUCUUCCAAAUAAGAAGAAAGAGAAACCCAAACACGAUGGUGGAACCGGACGUGGACAAGAGCAUGAGCCAGAUCGUAGAGGAGCUGGUGUACGAGAAGAUGUGCCUGAAGAAAGAGGUCAAGCAGCUGCAGCUGGAGCUGCUGGAUCGCACCACGCAGGGCUACUCGAAAAAGUCGCUCAAUGCGGGAGGCCAGUUCAAAGGCUCCAUGAUUGUCGGUACAGAACGCUUGUUGAAGUUGUGACGUUUAUUCUUUCGUUUGAAUGAAUUACUGUGUUUAAAACUGGUUACUUUCAGUUCCAAUUUAUUGUUAUGUUUUAUCUUCUUCUACUUCAACAUCGCGUCCAAAUGAACUCCAGGAUCUUCCUCCGCGAGCUCCUCUAGCCUCGUGACGAACAAUGGACUGGUCCGCGAUUCGCCCACGAAGCGAAAGACCCGGGGUGGCGCGGCGAUCUUGAACAGCCAGAAAUAUCUGAAGAGCAACUACGGGGUCAGCUCUCUUCCGUCCGAACUACCGGGGGAGGAGCUAGACCAGCUGGAACGCCGGCACCAGACCACCGCCCGGGAACUCGACACGAAGACGCUGGAAUUGUCGGAGGCAAAGAUGCGGAUCGAAACACUGGAGCUCGAGGUGAAAUGGCUCCAGGACGCGCGCAACGCAGUGGCACGGGGUGGAUCACCAGCGGUGGGUGAUCAAGUUCUACUACCGGGUGGCGAGGACGGGGGUGGUCUUAUUUCUGCCGCGGUCGCUGACCCGCCUGCUGCCACGUUAGAAUCUACUUCCAGUGGCGCGAGGCCGCCGACCCGUGACGCUGUAGUUGUCCGCAGGGAUAGCUCGCUCUUCCUGCAAUGUGCGACAACGCCCGUUGACAUCGUCGCGCCUCCUGCCGCCGAGCCAGACCGUGUUUUGGUGGUGUCGCCGAAACGGGUGGCUGGUGCACCAUCCGCGAGCACAGUAGCGGAGUAUUUUUUCGAAGACAUGGGGACGCUGAACCUGAAUGUUGCUCUCCAAAAGGAGCAGGACAUGGCGAUCGAGGAAGUUGCUAGCAACACCGGUUCCGAGGCUGUCUUCACAUGCGGACCGACGGAACAAGGCGCCAAGGCUGGUUUCUCGGCGAAGAGCAAGCUGGUGAGAUGUUUCUUUGUGCGUAGGGCAUUUGAUGUUCUUUUAUUCGGGAAAUUUCUUUUGAUCCCCUGCUCCUCAAAUAAAGUGCACAGAACAUAAGUUAGCACAUGACUCAUACAAACUCAGGCACUUUUCGCACUGCUUGAGCGGGAAAAUGAACACGUGGCGAGCAGCCUACGGCAAGCGGUGUUUCUACAGUGGAGGCACGUUGUCUCCGUGUCACGUCGCGCCGCUCUGUCAACUGCUGUUCAAACGCAGAAGAAAGAGUUGCAAGGCGCACGAACGCAGCUUGACGCAACCACGUCCAAGCAUCGCGACCAACUCGCACAGCUAUCGGAGUCCUGGACCACCAAGAUUUGCACCGUUGAGGCAGCGGCGGCGCGCGAGAGCCAGGCGCAGAAGGGACGAAUCACGGCUCUGGCGCAAGAGGUUGAAGUGGCCAAGGAGGCAGAGCAAAAGUCACGGCAUGAAUACGAAGCCCGGAUCGCGGAGCUCGAAUCUGCUCUGGAAAGGGCGCAAGCGGACAGCGCAGCUGCACAAACAGCACUGCGAGACGAACAGAUUACGCGGAAGAAUGCGGAAACAGUGUUGCAGGAAGCUCGUGCUGAGUUGGAAGCAACAAUCGAGGGGCUACGCCAGCAAUUGCGAGAUGUGGAGGAGCGCGAGCGCAAAAUCACCGAGGAAGCGGAGGAGCUGCGGAAACGAUACAAUCAAUUGCUGAGCACUCUGGAAUCUGCUACGGGUGCUGAUCAGUACUCGGAAAAGAAGCGAAUUGCGAGAGAGCAAACACUGCUGAAGGAAAUUGCGGCCUUGAAGAAGGAGCUCGGCCGAGACCCUAGCUUUUCACCGUCGAAACAAGGCGCAGCCUGAGCUUGCCAGCUUCGGAAGGCUGUAAGUACCUACUUACGAAAGAACAUAUGUCAAGGUACGGCAGCAGCUGCGCGUAGUUGUACUCGUAUUAUGGCAUUGCUUCUCUCUCAGAAACGCCCGAUCGAUCAUCGGUUUUUCUUAAAGGACCGCUUUAGCUUUCGCUUAGUUCUGCAAGUUCACAAG